GGCGCUCUCCCGGCCUGCUCCAGUAUUCUGGGCAAGAUGGCGGACGUGCUGGAUCUUCAUGAGGCGGGCGGAGAGGAUUUCGCUAUGGACGAGGAUGGGGACGAGAGCAUCCACAAGCUGAAGGAAAAGGCCAAGAAGCGGAAGGGCCGCGGCUUCGGCUCAGAGGAAGGAUCCCGCGCUCGGGUGCGCGAAGAUUACGACAGCGUUGAGCAGGACGGAGAUGAGCCAGGGCCACAGCGAUCCGUGGAGGGCUGGAUCCUGUUUGUGACAGGGGUGCAUGAGGAGGCCACAGAGGAGGACGUGCACGACCGAUUCGCCGAAUUUGGAGAGAUCAAGAACAUCCAUCUGAACCUGGACCGGCGCACGGGAUACUUGAAGGGCUACACGCUGGUCGAGUAUGAGACGUACAAGGAGGCGCAGGCAGCCAUGGAGGGGCUCAACGGGCAGGAGCUCAUGGGGCAGCCGGUCAGCGUGGACUGGUGCUUCGUCAGGGGCCCCCCCAAGGGCAAGCGGAGGGGUGGGCGCCGGCGGAGCCGCAGUCCGGACCGGCGCCGCCGAUGAUGGAUCCAGCCUUCCACCAUUUGUGUUCUGAGUCCAGACUGGGGGAAACUGGGGGUUUGUACGCAGCCUCGGGGAGCCAAACCAGCUCCAUCACCGGGGAAAUUUGGGUUUUAUGGAAUUAUAUUGUUUUCAAAGGACAAAUAAGAGGGAAGCAGCAGUCUCUGCGGGUUGGGGGGAUUUCCCUCAGGUUUGGGGGACCCAAACCUCAUCCCUGAUCUCUCCCAGCCCCCCAUCCCAGUACAUCCCAGGAGUUUUUUCCAUGCCCUAGGCAAAUGGUCCCUAAAUCUCCCAUGGUAUUUAUCCCACCAGAAAUUCCUUGUUUUCUGUUAAAUAACAAGAUUUUGUCUAAGUUUG